ACCAUAAGCCCACAGCUAUUUCAUCAGAAAAAGAAGGGGAUAGGGGCGUAAACCGUAAACCCGAGAAAACAUUUUCCAUAUGUAGAACGUUAGUAUAGAGCGAAGAGACCAGCUAACGAGAAUAGUCCAAUACAUGUAGACUUGCUUUCGUUGAUUAGUCUUAUUUGAGCUUUUGGCCGUAUCAGCUCGUAAUAGUUAAUGUCUCUGACAUUUAUUGCGUUAAAUGUCGUCUGUUUCAGUAUUUUUCAAAUUCACUAUAUACUCAAAUCGCGGAUAAUUUUGCUAUCAGGACAUUGCUUAUUUUUACAAUCGACAGGCGAAAAUAAUAUAACAGUGACGAUAGUAUCAGUGAAAUUAAAUUUAAAUUGUUUGCUGAUAAUAUUACCAAAUUAAACUUGCUGCUUAUCAAUUAACAAAUAUAUUAUUGUGUUACUCAAUUUCACUGGAAAGAAGAAACACUUUUAUUAAAAAAUCAUGCCGAGUAGUAAAACGAAAAUCGCUAUUGUGGGUGGUGGAGUGGCUGGUCUGGUGGUAGCACGUCAUGUAGUAGCCAAAUUAAAUUCUUAUAGUCUCGUCCUUUUCGAGCAAUCCGAUCACAUCGGUGGCACCUGGGUAUAUACUGAUGAAACAGAUCUUGACAAACACGGACUUUUGAUACACAGCAGUAUGUACAAGAAUCUCAGGACAAAUAUACCGAAGGAAGUAAUGGCGAUACCUGACUUUCCCUUUCAAGAUCUGGAUGUCCCGUCUUUCGUUCACCACAGCUUAAUAAAAAAAUAUCUCAUGAGCUAUGCGAAACACUUCAAUCUUUAUCCCUACAUUAAAUUGAAUACCCUGGUGAAGCGCGUAGAGCCAGAAACUAUGAACGGCCGGACAUUAUGGCUGGUAACAUAUGAGUCAUUGGAGACCAAAACAGAAACGACAAAGAUCUUCGACGCCGUGGUGCUGUGCAACGGACAUUACACUGUCGGUCGUAUUCCGCAUAUUCCAGGUAUCGAAAGCUUUCGCGGUAGAUGCGUUCACAGUCAUCAGUACAGAGUGCCAGAGGUCUAUACCGGCAAGAAGGUUUGCAUACUCGGCGCGUCCUGGUCUGGCAUUGAUAUCGCCAUGGAAGUCUCGCAAUAUGCUAAUAAAGUAUAUCUGAGUCAUAAUCUGCCGGAACAGCUGAAUUCAAAAAUAUCGAGCAAUAUUGAGCAAAAGCCCGGUGUCGAGUCCAUCCAGGGAAACAUCUUCACCUUCCGCGACAAUUCAACAGUGGAAGUGGACGAUUUCAUAUUCUGCACUGGUUACAAAUUCACGUAUCCCUUUAUGUCGGCUAAAGUCGAGAUACGUACGGACGACGACCACGUGGAACCCAUCUACAAGCAUCUAGUGCAUAUGGACUACACAAACCUGUUUUUCAUGGGCUUGCCCGCGUUGGUGAUACCAUUUCCAAUGUUCCAUAUUCAAGCACAGUAUAUCCUCGGGAUCCUUGAAGAUCGUAUCAAGUUACCGUCGUUGCAACAGAUGCGCGAAGAGUACGAAAUCGAAAAGAAGUCUCUAUUGGACCAAGGCAUUCCGCUGAGACACAUUAACAAGUUAAAGGACAGACAAUGGGCUUACUACGAUCAGCUUGCAACCACUGCGAAUGUGACAGGCUUCCCACCAGUGGUCAAAAAUAUUAUGGAUCACGUUUUCCAAAUGCGCGAGGUAGACUUCACCACCUACAAAAAUUAUCAGUAUCGCAUCAUCAAUAACGAGAAUUUCAGCGUGUCUUACUGUAAACCUUGUUAAGUUCCACGCAAAGAAAAGUGCGGAAAAUAAACAUUAUUUUAUUGCAAGACAACCGUACGUAUUAUAUUUAAACGGAUACGAUAAACCGUUUACAUCUUUGACCGUGGUCUGAUUCACGCUCACAACGUUUAAAAAUCAUUUCAUCCUUAUUGUUUGUCAAAUGUUAAAUGAUGCUCAUGAGCGUAGCAUGAAUCAGACCACGGCCUUUCAGUAUUAAUACCGAUUAUGCUACAAAUUUGUACAUACAUCGAAAUUUAAUACGAUAAAUAUUUUUCCGAUUAAGGGCAGAUUAUUAUAACAAUCAAAACGGAUGAAAGCACUAUAUCCAUUUAUUUUAACCCUUCGUAACCAUACCUCUUUAAAAGUUGAACCGUAAUGAUCAUAUAGGGGUCAAAAUGAUCUCAGAGCGCCUUUAAUCAUUAAUUUUUUUGUCUUCAAAGGACGAAAACCGUGACUAUGGUAAUAAGUUAAAUGCGCUUUGAGGUCAUUUUGACUCCGGUGUGACUACGAAGGAUUAAUAGAAAUGUUUACCAUUACAUUUCUACACGAGGCUGAUUCGCAACGGCUUGUUAUAAUAAUAAAAAAUGGUAAAAGAUAAACAGAGUAGAUAAAUAUUAGUACACAAGGUUAUCGUGUUCAUGUUGGAAAAAACCUAGUCAAGUGCACAGCCAAGUGCUCGUUCUUGAGAUUUUCGUACGAUUCUGCGCCACAGAUGCGGCCAUAUUCAAAUAAACGUAUAUAGAUUAUACAUUAC